AGGUACAACGUGCACACUUCACAGGAGCAGUUCAUCCACGUGCGGUUUUUUGUUUAAUUAAUUAUUAUUUUACUGCAAAAUGGACUUUAUUGGACAAGAGGAAGAAUUUGUAGACCGUUCUAAAAAACGGAAAUCUGGAGGAAGGCCAGCUAUCAAUAAGAAGACAAAGUUGAAUUUGGUUUUCGAUCCAGAAGCGAGAAGAAAGUUUUUGACCGGCUUCCGUAAAAGGAAACAGGAACGAAAGGAACGCUACCAAGAAAAAUUGGAGAGAGAACUGGCAGAAGAGAAGAUUCGAUCGCGAGAGGAGGCUAAAAAAACCGUUGCCAAAAAGCAAUCUUCUUCCCAUUCGGUCCUCCCCGAGGUAGAGCAUCUCUUAGAAUCCUCCUCGGAGGACGAAGAGGAAGCGUUGAUGGCCCCCUCGACUUUCUCCAUUGGAUCCACCACCGUCUCCAUCUCCUCCCUUGAUAGCAAAAUGUUUCCCAACAGGAAUCAACAAUUCGUCAAAACUGAAGACAACAGCUCGGAUUCCGACUCGGAAUCUCCCCUCCUCAAUUACCCAAAGAAAACCACCACGAUUACUAACCCCCCUGCCUCAAAUCCUCCUCCCACCAACCUCACCACGGAACAGAAGGACGCUCUAAAGCUUAAAAAACUAAAAUCCGUCUUAAAGAACCCUCUCGCUGCGGCUAACAAGACAAAAACGGCCACUCUCGUACGGAAAGAAGCACACCGAAUCCUCCAACAUUCCUCCAUUUACAAGAAAACGUUACAAAUUAAGCAGCGACGGAGUAAAAAGUUCAAGUUGAACAGAUUCCAGCCCCAAGAGGAGGAGAACAAGAGUUCGUCCGGUGGUGGGGGGAAGAACAUGAGCAGCAAAAAGAAAGCAGCGGCUGCAAAGGUGAAAGUUAAAUCUAGAGGAAGGGUCACCAAGUAAGAAGCAGAAGAAAGGAGAACACUUUAUUAUUAGAUAUCAUUUUUUUCUCAAGAAUUACUAAUUAAUUGUGAACGUUAUCUUUUUCUUGUGAAUUCUUAUGUUCAUCAUAAACAGCGGGUUUGUAUUGAAGCCUGUGCAGAGCGUGA